CACCAAAAAUUCGUAUUUGACCUGGAUUCGCUUCAAACUGUUAAUGGAGAAAUGUGGGGGUUGUAUAAACAAAGAUAAGAUCUACUCCGUAUAUAUGUUUCAGUGAUGCAGCAUAAAAAGCUGGUAGUAGUGAAUAGCCAUGGGGAGAAGCUUGUGGGCAUAUUACAUGAAGUUGGUUCUAAGCAGAUUGUAAUUGUCUGCCACGGUUUCAGGUCCUCGAAGGACCGCAUUCCCAUGGUGACCCUUGCUGCUGCUUUUGAGAAAGCAGGAAUUAGUGCUUUCCGUUUUGAUUUUGCUGGAAAUGGUGGAAGUGAGGGUUCGUUCCAGUACGGUAACUACAGAAGAGAAGCUGAUGAUUUACAUGCAGUAGUUGAACAUUUUCGUCGGAGUGGACAUAUCAUAGCUGCAAUUGUUGGGCAUAGCAAAGGAGGCAAUGUGGUGCUUUUGUAUGCAUCAAAGUAUAAAGAUGUCCCAAUUGUUGUCAAUAUUGCCGGUCGCUAUAAUCUUGAGAGAGGGAUUGAAGGCCGUUUGGGAAAAAACUAUUUGGAGAGAAUCAAGCAAGACGGAUACAUUGAUGUUCGAAACAAGAGAGGGAGAUUUGAGUUCCGAGUGACCGAGGAAAGCCUGAGGGACCGCCUUACAACGGAUAUUCGCACGUCGUGCCAAACUAUCCCGCCAAACUGCAGGGUGCUUACUGUUCAUGGCUCAAGGGAUGAAACGGUGAGCGUCGAGGAUGCCUUUGAGUUCGCCAAGUGCGUUCCCACACACACGCUGCGCGUAAUCGAAGGAGCAGAUCACGAGUUCACCUCACACCAACGCGAAUUGGCAUCUCUCGUGGUGGCCUUUGUCAUUUCCACUCUUUCCAACGAAGAAACGGGUGAAUCACCUAACAGGACAAUGGAAAGACCGAUCCGUUCGCGGUUCUAAUCGUGCUUGCUCUUGAUCUCACAAAGCAUUAUGGAGCAUAUAUGUAAGGUUGAACUUGUGAUCUAAGUUGUUUCUUAAUCUUAUUAUUGUUGUUAAUGUAGGACAUGGGAGAUAAUGAUUGCUCUAAAUGCCUCUAAUGAAAAUAACAACCGACCCAGUAAAAUCCCACGAAAAAGACAGAUAUGGGUACAGAUAUGGGUACAGGGUUAUCCAUAAACAUAAAUUUAGCAUUAUAAU